AUGGUUUCUUGGAGUAAUAUUGGUAUUUUGAGUGGCCUUGUGGCUGCUGUCGCGAAGGCCGAUUCGAGUUUCCCAACUAUCGAAGUUGUUGGAAACAAGUUCUUCUAUUCGAACAACGGAUCUCAGUUUUAUAUUAGAGGAGUCGCUUAUCAAAGCGACACCUCUGGCUCGACGAACGCAACCUUCGUUGAUCCGUUGGUUGACAAGACCACUUGCGAGAGAGAUAUCCCUUACUUGAAAGAGUUGAACACCAACGUGAUCAGAGUUUAUGCUUUGAACGCUGAGGAAGACCAUUCCGACUGUAUGUCUUUGUUGCAGGACGCUGGCAUCUACGUGAUUGCAGACCUUGCCGAGCCAUCUUUGUCUAUUUCCACCACUGAUCCAUCUUGGUCUGAGGAACUGUACGACAGAUACGUCUCCGUUGUCGAUAUGAUGCAACAAUACGACAACGUUCUCGGAUUCUUUGCUGGUAAUGAGGUGGUCACCAACUCUUCCAACACCGAUGCUGCCCCAUUCGUUAAGGCAGCUAUCAGAGAUAUGAAGAAGUACAUGAAGAGCAGCGGAUACAGAAGUAUUCCUAUCGGAUACUCUGCUAACGAUGACUCCAAAACCAGAGUCGCUUCUGCUGACUAUUUCUCCUGUGGUGACGAUGAUGAGAGUGCUGACUUCUAUGGAAUCAACAUGUACGAAUGGUGUGGUGACUCCACUUUCCAGACUUCUGGUUACGAGGACAGAACCAAAGAGUUCUCCAACCUCACUAUUCCUGUGUUCUUCUCCGAGUACGGUUGUAAUGCCGAGCAACCAAGAAAGUUCACCGAGGUGCAAGCACUUUACUCCGACGAGAUGACCGAUGUCUGGUCUGGUGGUAUCGUGUACAUGUACUACCAAGAAACGAACGAUUAUGGUCUUGUUUCUGUGGUUGAUGACAACACUGUUUCCACCAUGGCUGAUUUCAAGUACUACUCGUCAGAGAUCAACAACAUCUCUCCAACCAGUGCCACUGCUGACUCUGCUUCGAGCAGUGCUUCCGAGCUCACCUGCCCAACCGGCUUCAAGUACUGGGAUGCUUCCCAGGACUUGCCGCCAACUCCUGAAGAGCAAGUGUGUGACUGUAUGUCCGCUUCGUUGAACUGUGUUGUGUCCGAUGACGUUUCCAGUGACGACUAUGAGGACUUGUUCAGCACUGUUUGUGGACUGGUCAACUGUACUGGUAUCAAUACCGACGGUUCCUCCGGUACGUACGGUGCUUACUCGUUCUGCAGUAGUAAGGAUAUGCUAUCCUUCGUCAUCAACUUGUACUAUGAGAAAGAAGGAAAGUCCUCGAGCGCAUGUGACUUCAGCGGCUCUGCCAGCCUUGUCAGUGGCUCCACCGCCUCCAGCUGCUCCUCUAUUUUGAGUGCAGCAGGCACCGACGGAACCGGUUCUGUUACCGGUAGCUUCUCUAAUGCUUCCGGCUCUGGAUCUGGCUCUACAGCCACAUCUACCGGCUCUUCCGAAAGCGGUUCGUCCUCCAGCACAACAUCCUCUUCCUCAAAGAGUGCUGGUGGCAGAACCUACAAGUCUGAGAACUUGUAUGCCGUUGUUAUUUCGAGUUUGUGUGCUGUUGGUGCACUAACUGUCCUUGUUUUGUAA